UCCGUAUUCCUAGAAGCCUCGGGCGCCCCGCCACCUGCCGGGAGUCGGCCCCCUUCUCCGGCUCUCCUCUCUCUAGUUUCCUUCUCAUAGGCUUGUCCCUGGGAGUGUGGGCGGCCCCUUUCCCGAGCGCUUAAACUCACCUCCCACCCCCCCCUCCUCCACACCAGCCUUUCUCCUCGCCUCAGUCACUUCCUUCCCCAGCCUCUUCCUCCUCGGCAACAAUGAAUGUGGAUCACGAAGUUAACCUCCUAGUGGAGGAAAUUCAUCGUCUGGGUUCAAAAAAUGCUGAUGGGAAGUUAAGCGUGAAAUUUGGGGUCCUCUUCCAAGAUGACAAAUGUGCCAAUCUCUUUGAAGCAUUGGUCGGAACUCUCAAGGCUGCCAAACGAAGGAAGGUUGUUACGUACCCAGGAGAGCUACUCUUGCAAGGUGUUCAUGAUGAUGUGGACAUUGUAUUGCUGCAAGAUUAAUGUGGUUUGCAUAUCUUUGUUUAUUGUUAUUUUUUGUUUCUGGUAAACUGGAAUAUUAGGUCAAAGGACACACGUGAGCAUACUUGAUGUAUUUUUUAUAGAACUUUGAAAACAAAAGGAGACUCUUAUUUUAAAAGUCUGCCCUUUUUUAUACCUUGAGAAGAAUUUAUGUAUUACACUGUAGAAUAAACAAAACCUAUCAUUUUUCUCAGGAAUCUGGUUGGAAAAUGGGGGCUCUGAGGCUUUUCUGGUGGGGGUGCAAGGUGUUUCAUAAAUCAUUCUUAGAUAAUUUCUACAGAUAUUUGACAUUCCAUAAAAGCAAGAGGCAGAACUAAAGAUCAGCUCCCACAAUGAAUAUUGUACUGUUUAUGUAAUAAAAACAUAUAACAAUGUUAAAA